GUUCUGUACCGUGAUCUCAAGCCAGAGAACUGCUUGCUGGACGAUGAGGGCCACAUACGGCUCACUGACUUUGGGUUGUCGAAGGACGGCCUGACCAACUCGGCAGUGUUUACGUCCUUCGUUGGAACCGCUGGAUACCUCAGCCCUGAGAUGGUUGCGCGGCAGGGGCAUGGCCUUCCGUUGGACUACUACUGCCUUGGCUGCUUGUUGUAUUGCCUUCUGACCGGCUCUCUGCCGCACUACGAGGGGGACUACAAGGCCAUGAUCCAGAAGCGGGUGAAGGGCGACCCCGUUCAGUUUCC